AUGGCAGAGUCCGACGAGAAGCCUCGGCCCGACGACGCCGAAGGCACGAAGACGAAAGCGCUCUCACACUGGCGGCUAGUCAUCGAUCAGGCCGGCGUCACGCCCGAGGUCCUUGCCUACAACUAUCAAGGGUCCGGUACCGAACAAGACCCUUUUGUGGUCCAAUGGAUCCCAAAUGACCCAAGAAAUCCCCAGCAAUGGAAAGACUCUAAGAAGUGGUAUAUAACAUUGGCCGUUUCGUUUGCCACAUUGGCUAUCAGUCUGAUAUCAUCGGCAUAUACAGGAGGCAUAAAACAGAUCAUCCGAGACUUCCAUCUCAGCCAGGAGGUAGCAACUUUGGGCGUCUCUCUAUUUGUCCUUGGUUUUGCUCUCGGGCCUUUGCUGUGGGCACCACUUAGCGAGAUCUUUGGCCGCCAGCUGCUGUUCAUUGGAACCUACGCUGGCCUUACCAUCUUCAAUGCAGCCUGUGCUGGUGCUCCCAAUGGGGCUUCAUUACUUGUCUUUCGGUUUCUAGCUGGUUCCUUUGGCUCUUCUCCCUUAACAAAUGCUGGCGGAGCUGUAGCCGAUAUGUUUCCAUCCCAUCAGCGAGGUUUGGCGAUGACGCUCUUUGUGGCUGGGCCAUCGCUUGGUCCGGUGUUGGGCCCGAUAUGUGGUGGAUUCCUUGGUGAGAAUGCUAGCUGGCGUUGGGUGAUGGGAUUCCUUGCCAUCUUCGCUGGGGUUACGUGGAUCGGAGGAACCAUCCUUAUCCCAGAAACCUAUGCCCCGACUUUGCUUAAGCGCCGGGCUGCCAAGCUGUCUAGCAUGACCGGAAAAGUGUAUACCAGCAACAUUGAGUUGAAACAGGGCAAGGUUUCGUUGCGCAGUGCUAUUAGCACCUCCUUACUGCGGCCGUGGAUUCUACUCUUCAAGGAACCCAUCGUUCUCCUGUUAUCGAUCUAUAUGGCGAUUGUCUACGGUACCCUCUACUUAUUCUUCGCCGCGUUUCCAGUCGUUUUUGAGAGAGCUCGGGGUUGGAGUCAGGGUAUGGAAGGUUUAGCAUUUCUGGCCAUAGCUGUGGGCAUGGUGAUUGCUCUGAUUUAUACCAUCCCUGACAACAAGCGUUAUGUUCUUCUCGAUCAAAAGCACAACGGAUUUGCACCACCAGAAGCCCGGCUCCGACCAGCAAUAGUUGGCUCCUUUGCUAUUCCAGUGGGGUUGUUUUGGUUCGCUUGGACUAAUUCCCCAUCCAUUCAUUGGAUCGUCUGCAUCAUGGCUGGUGCUCCUUUUGGCUUUGGUCUAAUUCUAAUGUUUCUAAGCAUUAUGAAUUAUCUGGUCGAUGCAUAUACAAUCUUUGCUGCUUCGGUUCUUGCUGCCAAUUCCGUCCUACGCUCCUUGUUUGGCGCGGCCUUUCCGCUCUUUACAGUACAGAUGUAUGAUAACUUGGGCCUGCAUUGGGCAUCAAGCAUCCCAGCAUUCCUGGCAUUGGUCUGCGUUCCGUUUCCCUACCUGUUCUACAUAUAUGGAGCGCGCAUCCGGACUCAUUGCAAAUUUGCAGCUGAAUCGGACGCGUUUAUGCAAAGUUUAAAGCAGGCCCAGGAUCACCAGCAACGGGACCAAGAGGACCAAGAUAAUACUACCGAGGACGAGCUUACAGUUAUUGAUGAAGGAGUGAUCAGUUCAAGUCAGAGACGAGCAUCUUCAGUCCAUGGUCCAUCUUCACUAUAUGACGGCAAUCCCUAUGAUAUUGAUCGUGUUCACACUAGAAAUUCAUUCUCUUAG